CUUUCUCUAUAGGUUAUUAUAUCAUCCAUCCAUCCUCCCACUUAUUUAGUUGGGGAGAAAAUUCCAUAUUUCACAUAUGGUGACAAACCUAUAUAGCUAGUCGAACUUUCUCCUUGUAAUUGGCUUCACGGAGACAGAAGGAAGCCUUUAAAACUAAUAUUUUGAUGUGUCAACUUAUUUAUUUACGAUAAAUACUAAUUUUUCGAAAUUUUGUGCCUAAAUUGAUCUCAAUGUGGUGAAUCUAUUUAAUUUACGUAACAUGGUGAAACCCCUAUAAAUAGUUGUGCGUCGAACUUUCUCCACAUAAUUGGCUUCACGGAAAGAGACAGAAGCCUUUAUAAAUACAAAACUAUAUUAAAUAUUCGCAUUUAUCAACUUAUUUAUUUACGAUUCCAGAUUUUUGCAACUUUUUUAAUUUAUGUUGCGUCGAACUUUCUCCACAUAAUUGGCUUCACGUAGACAAAAAGGAAGCCUUUAAAACUAAUAUUUUGAUGUGUCAAUUUAUUUAUUUACGAUAAAUACAGAUUUUUGGAAAUUUUGUGCCUAAAUUGAUCUCAAUGUGGUGUGGUGAACAUACAUAAACUUUUUAAUUUACACGAGUGAAUUUAUUACUUUCUCCAUAUAAUUGGCUUCACGUAGAGAAAAAGGAAGCCUUUAAAACUUAUAUUGUCAUUUGUCCAAGUAUUUAUUUACGAUAAAUACAAACUUUUGUGCCUCUCAUUUAAUUAAAUUUGUGCAUAUGCACAAGUGUGGCGAACUUAUUUAAUUCAUGGUGCGUCGAACUCGUACUUGAUUGCUUUCACUUCAAGCGACGUCUUUAUAAAUAAUAAAACAAUUUAACAUUUUCAUUUGCCAAAUUAAAUAUGUGUUUACGAUACAAAUUCUUGUCGCAACUUUUGUGUCUUUCAUUGAAUUAAAUUGAUCGGUGAACCUAUUUUCUAAUUUACAUGACGAACUUUCUCCUCAUAAUUGAAUCGACAGACGGAAGCCUUUAAAACAAAUGUUUUGAUUUGUCAACUUAUUUAUUUACGAUUUUCUCAAUUAAUCGAGUGAACGUAUUUGCAUAAUUUGCAUAAGCGGAUUUAUUCAUUAUCAUGUUAAAUGAAUGUACUUUUGUGGUUUGGUUUGUCGGUUGCUGGAUAAAUUAAGUAGUCGUUGCGAGUUCAAUUUGCAGCUGUGUGUUUGUUGGGAGGAUUUUGUAUUAUGUGAAAAAAAAUUGACACUAUUUAAAUAUUUACGAAUAAGUGUUCGAAAACGGGAUGGAUUUCGCCAAGAAUUUAUUUCAAGCAAGUACCAACGAUCGGAAGGGCUACGUUGGGAGAGAUACUGCUAUUAAACUCGCCCUCGUCGAGUCGGCGAGUGAUGACCCCGAAAACGACGGGGACGACGACGACACCGAGCUAUUCGUAGGGUCAAACUCGGAACGGAGUGGGUUGUGCCAAGCCAUGACGCCCAAACCGGGUGUGCCCUUCAGUGCGGUGACCCCUUCCAUGUGGCCGCCCGACUUGUCCGACGAGGACUGCGGGUAUGACGAGCUGGGAUUUCGCAUCGAGGAGGAAGACGGACCGGAACAAAGUUCCAAAAAGUUGCUGGGCAUCCCGUUCACGGAAGAUCCCAGCGUCAGAUUGCAGUGGUUGGCAUACCUGGAAUUUUCUCACAGUCGGGAAGAAGUCCACGAAUUGUCGUGGGACUCAAUCCCAGAAAAGUUACCGCUCACGGAAAAACUUUGGGAGAUGAUGACCACCCAUGCCGGCAUUCCGCACUCGCUCCGACCUCAAAUGUGGUGCCGUUUAAGUGGCGCCUUCGAAAAGAAAUGCAACCCAGCAAACCUUCCGUACUACAAAGUCGUCCGAGAAUCCACCCGGAACGAAUAUUUCUCCUACGCUAAACACAUCGAGAAAGAUUUGUUCCGCAUCUUACCAGGAAACGGGUGCUUCUGUAAAUCCGAUUCUCCCGGAAUCCCACGUCUUCGUCGGGUCCUCCGCUCAAUCGCGUGGCUUUACCCGGACGUCGGGUAUUGUCAAGGAUUUGGCACCGUGGUUGCUCACCUGCUCCUGUUUUUAGAGGAGGAAGACUGCUUUUGGUUGAUGUCCACUGUGAUUGAAGACAUUCUCCCGGCUUCCUAUUUUACCUCGGACUUUUUAGGAAUUAGGGUCGACGCCCUGGUUUUUGGGCACUUUUUGGCCGCACAUUUCCCCGAGGUGGAUGCGCUUUUGAAGGAACACGACAUUGAGUUGGGGCUCAUAGCGUUCACCUGGUUUAUGACGUUGUUCGCGUCGGUGGUCCAUGUCAAGAUAUUGUUGAGGAUUUGGGACCAUUUGUUUGCGGAGGGGAGCAUGGUCGUGUUUAAGGUGAUGUUGGCCAUGGUCAAGUUGAAAGUGAAAGAUCUCCUCCUGCUGAAAAACUCUGCGGAAAUUUUCAACUUCCUGUCCGACCUUCCCUCCGAACUGGAUGAGUUCGAGUUACUGGAAAUCAGCAGUUUUGAAGAUGUAAAUUCCAACGCGGUGGAGAAGGAGAGGAAAAAAUGCUUCUCAAAAGUGGUCAACGAUGGGUCAGUUUUCUCCACGAAAUGUCGUCAAGUGAAGAAACGCGAUGUUCGACGACCACCCAAGAAUCCGAGCGGAGUUAGCGUGCUGAAAUCAAUCUUUGGAGAUUUUAAGGGUCAUGAUGACUUAAAGAGCAAAAAUAUAAGACAGACUGAAAUUGCGAUCGAACUACACGAAGCAAUUUUAGCGAUAGGACGUCAUUUCAUGUCGCACGACCAAAAUUACAUGACGGUAUCGCUCGACCCCGAUUUUUCCUUGGAUUCCCACGCCAAAGAUCAUCAACGCUUCACUCUUGGGUUCAAUAAUGGAUAUAAAAGGGCGAAAUCUUUAGUUGAUUUUGAAAGAAAAGACGAUGACGAGCUUGGUUUCCGUAAAAAUGACAUAAUUACCAUCGUCAACUCGAAAGAUGAGCAUUGUUGGGUUGGUGAAUUGAAUGGAUUGAGAGGCUGGUUCCCCGCAAAAUGCGUGCAACUCUUGGACGAGCGGUCGAAACAGUACUGCGCCGCGGGGGACGAUUCGGUCACUGAUGAAAUUGCGGAUUUAGUCCGUGGCAGGCUAUGUCCCGCUUUGAAGCGGAUUUUUGAAUGCGGGAUGCGGAAACCGGGCACCACCGUGGGUCCAAUUCAUCCCUGGCUUUUUAUUGAGGAGGUCGCCCUUAAGGAAAUUGAGAAGGAUUUCAACUCGGUUUAUUCGCGACUUGUUCUCUGCAAGACGUACAGGCUGGAUGAGGAUGGGAAGGUUUUGAGCCCGGAAGAGCUUCUGUACAGAUCUGUAGAAUUGGUGAAUAGAUCUCACGAAAAGGUGCAGAUGGAUGUCAAAAUGCGAUCUUUAAUCUGUCUUGGAAUCAACGAGCAAGUUUUGCACCUCUGGAUAGAAAUAUUUUGCUCAUGCAGCGACGUCAUAACAAAAUGGUAUCAUCCCUGGAGUUUUCUCAACAGUCCGGGUUGGAUCGGAUUGAAAUGCGAGUUGCGAAUUUUAUCCCAAUUUUCAUUCACGCUAAAUCCCAACUGGGAGCUGAGAAUGUUGAAAGAGCAGCAAAAAUUAGAUGUCAAGCACGGAGUGAGAGAUAUGCUCGUGAAGCAUCACUUGUUCUCGUGGAAUCUGUAAAUUCUCCGACACUCAAGAAGACAAACUAAAAUGAAUUUAUCUCCAUUCGAUUCGAUUGCAUGAUUUAUUGUGAUUUUAAAAAUAUACGUGACACUGGGCAAGGGAAAUGAUCGGGGAGAAUUUGGAGCGAAUUUGGAGCGUAAUGACCGCAGAGUCGUAGCGAAUUUUGAGGAAAUCUGGAAUAUUUGCGAAUAUUUAGCGAAUCUAGAAUCGCCACGAAUUCGUGACAAAUCUGAGAUAUCUGCGAAUUCAUUAUUGCGAGUCUAGAAUCGCCACAAAUUCAUUGCGAAUCUGAAAUCGUCGUGAUUUCUCUUUCGCGAAUUUCGCUCCGAAUUCUCAACGAUUAUUUUUGCGCCUCUUCCACUGCAUCUGAUUAAAUCUAUUCCAAAUAUUUAUCCAUCUUCUGAAGACAUCUACAUAAAUAUAUAUUUGAUAAAACUCUGCUAUUUAUUGAUUGAUUGAUCAAGGAAAUUAAGUACAAUUUUAACAAAUUUUAAAACAGCUAUUACAUGCAUAUAUACAUAAUUAUCUAAAUGUACAAUUUACUAAAAAAACUAUACAUACGUAAAUUUCAUCAAUGUUAGCUAUCUAUUUACCACCCCCACAUAUUUUCUCAAAUAUCUAUCUGUUAUUCAUAUUUAAGCAAAAACGUAACUAAAUAAAAAUACGAUGAUGCCA